AGCCACCAUUGAAUUUUAUUUGACUAAAUAAAAAAUCCACAUUUAUUUAUUUUUCAAGGCACCCAUUUCAUCACCCCUUUCAUCACUUUAAUUCAUUGUUCACAUAUCUGCAUUAAAAUUAUAACACCUCCUCUACAUAUUUGUCACACAGCAUUUCUAUCACAACUGAACAAGUGGCUUUUAUGCCAACCAAGUGUGUACUGACAAAUACACGCACCCAACACUUAUGCAGGACUAAAAUAUGAAAUGCAUAGGAACGAACGCCGAAAACAAAUACAAUAUCCAAAAAGAUAAAUAUUUCAUAUAUUUUAGAUGAUUUUGUUUUCUGUUUUAGUUCCAACCAUUUGUUCUAUAUCGACUGCUAAGGUUUUUUUUUAUUAAUCUGUGGGUCAUUAUAGUUUUUGUAAUUUUUUAAAAUAUCAAUAAUUUCUAUUUCAUUUUAUUAUUAUUUUUAUUUUGUGACCUGUCAUUAUUCAAACUCAUACAACAGCAUACUCCAAUACGAAAAGAAAUAACAAAUUUAGUCAAACAUUUUUGGAGCACCAAACGUAACUGUAUGCAAUUCAUUUUGUGAAAUAUACUUUUCAGACAACAAGGGUAUGUAACACGAGAAACGUUUGAAGGGGAAAAAAAACUGACAUUUUAUCUGCAUUGCUUUAGGAGGAUAAAAUGUGUUUUGGGGACAUAUUUUUAUAAUUUUUGUUUCGUUAGUGAAAAUCAGUUGAAUAUUUACAUAAUCAUUUCUUGCUGUUGCAAGGUGUUUUGAUUGGCGCUGCUACUAAAAAGGUUUUGUUUUUUUCCAUCAAAAAUGCAUUCUGUUCUGUAUGUGCCAGAGCCAAAAAAGACCAAACUGAAAUCCAACAGCAUGAAUGCUUUAAGAAUUAUUGUGGCCCUUCAACUGGCAUGGAGCAGUGCGCCAUAGUUGAAGGUUUCAGACACAGUAUACAGCAACAUGGCAUUAUGUACAAGUACUACAUAGGGGAUGGUGACUCCAGUACUUUUUGUAGGAUACAGGAAGGAGUUUCCUAUGGAAGGCAAACUGUCAAAAUAGAAUGUGCUAACCAUGUAACACGAGCAUUCAGCGAGAACCUACAUAAGCUUGCUGCAAACACAUCAUUUCCACUCCAUGUACGUAGAGUUCUGAAAAACAAAAUUAAUGGCGUGACAUGCAUUGAUCGUAUGGUGAUUGGCGUGAGGGCUGCAAUAAAAGAAUCAGGUACGGAUUUCAGCCAAGCUUCUGUUGAACGACUGCGUAAAGACUUGCUCAACAACCCUUUCCACGCCUUGGGAAGACACAGCAACUGUCGUGAAGCAUUCUGCAAGAAGAAAGAGGAAGAAGACAAAGUAGGAAAGGUUGAGGAAGGAGGAGUCUUGCAGCAAGUUUUUAAAUGCAUCGAUAAUGUCGUUAGGAAGGCUGAUCGAGUUGCAUUCAACGAAACUACAAAUGAAGCUGAAAGAUAUAUGGCUUUAGUAGCUAAAUUCACUGGAGGGAAACGUGUUAACUACACACUGCAGGGGUCUUAUCACAGACGUUGCCAUGGCGCUGGCCUGGCGCACACCCUUGGAGCCAGUUGGCAUCUCAGUCCUUGGAAGCGCAUGUCAGGGAGAAGCCCAGGGAAGGUGUUCAAGAACAUGUGCAUCUCAAGAAAGAAAAAAGAAAUUGCUCGUCGGCUGCGUCUAUCAGCAGAAGCAAAAGCGAAAGUUUACAAAAAAAAGAAACGCGGAGGUGAUGCUGACCAAGAAUAUGGACCGGAUGCUGCUCAGCCUGACAUUGAUGAACAUACACUGGAGAGAAAAAAGUUAGAUAUAUUGGCAAGCUUGAAAUCUGAUGUCCGAACAAAAGGAAACUCUAGAACGCGAUACAGUUGGACAACACAUUAACAGCAAGUGGCGCGAACAUCGAAUGAACCGCCUCACUGCAUCUAUGUUUGGUUCGGUAAUGUGCAGGCGUGAGAAGACAUCGUGUCAUAAUUUAGUGAAAUCCUUUUUGUACAGAAAAGAUCUUCACACACCUGCAAUUCAGUAUGGGAGGUUAAACGAAUCGGUAGCAAUUAACCUUUACGAGCAACAGCAAAGUGCCGAGGUUCAGAAAUGUGGUCUGUUCGUGGAUAGUGAGCAUCCAUACCUCGGUGCCAGCCCAGACGGGCUUGUAGGAACGGAUAAGUUGCUGGAAGUUAAAUGUUUGUAUUCACUCAAAGAUAAGGUUUUGGAAGAAGCAGUGACUUUGAAGGGAAAAAAAUUGUGCAUUGAGAGUGUAAAUGGGCAGCUGCAAUUGCGACGAAAUCAUAGCUAUUAUUUCCAAAUUCAAGGUCAGUUGAAUAUUUGUGAUAGGGAGUAUUGUGACUUUGUUGUAUAUGCGGGAGGAAAAAUAAUAGUGGAAUGUAUUGUCAGGGACAAAAUUCUUUGGCAAGAAAAAAUGCUGCCAAAAUUAUCUCAGUUUUACAUGGACUGCAUUCUGCCGGAAAUCGCUGACCCCCGUAUUCCUCGCGGUUUGCCGGUUCGUGAACCAUUGUACAUUACUGAAGCACAAACGCGACACUAUAAAAAGAAAAUCAAUUUAAAAUAAGGAAACUGUACGGUUCCUACCAAUGUCGUUUAUAUUAUAACAUGUUAUAAAAUUAGAUUUAC